CUCCGUCGCGCGUUUUCGCCAUCAUCGCGGCGCGCCGCCGCCCGGGAGUGACGCGCGGGCUCCCGGCACCUGCCAGCAUGGAGGAGGCGGGGGCAGGCGGCGCGGCCCCGGCCCCGGCCCUCGCAGAGCUGCUGGCGGACGAAUGUUAUGCUGACUUCUUCAGAGAAGACUUUGAUGUGAAAGCUUAUACUUCCCAGUCUAUCCAUCAGGCUGUGAUAGCUGAGCAACUGGCAAAACUUGCCCAAGGUAUUAGUCAGUUGGAUAAAGAGCUUCAUUUACAAGUUGUUGCAAGACAUGAAGACCUGUUGGCCCAAGCAACUGGAAUUGAAUCCCUGGAAGGUGUCCUCCAAAUGAUGCAGACUAGAAUUGGUGCUCUACAAAGUACUGUCGAUAGAAUUAGAGUCAAAAUUGUUGACCCCUACAACAAAAUAGUGUCUCGCACAGCUCAGCUAGCAAAACUCCAAGCUGCCUGUGACUUGCUGCGGAGGAUAAUACGCAUCUUGUAUCUCAGUAAGAGACUUCAAGGACAACUGCAAGGAGGAAGCAGAGAGAUAACAAAAGCUGCCCAGAGUCUUAAUGAACUUGAUUACCUUUCUCAAGGGAUAGAUCUCUCUGGAAUAGAAGUAAUUGAAAAUGACCUGCUUUUUAUUGCAAGAGCUCGGCUUGAGGUGGAAAACCAGGCUAAAAGGUUGCUUGAACAAGGUGUGGAGACUCAGAAUCCUACUCAAGUGGGAACUGCUCUUCAGGUUUUUCAUAACCUUGGGACUUUGAAAGAUACCAUUGCUAAUGUGGUGGAUGGAUACUGCACAGUCCUGGAGGAGAACAUAAAAAAUGCUUUGGAUAUCAAAGUAUUGACCCAACCAUCUCAAACUGUUACAAGAGGUGGCCCUGGUAGAGCUGCUAUGCCAACACCUGGGAACACAGCAGCUUUUCGAGCAGCCCUGUGGACAAACAUGGAGAAACUCAUGGAUCAGAUCUGUGCUGCUUGCGGACAGGUGCAGCAUUUGCAGAAAGUAUUGACGAAGAAAAGAGAUCCUGUGUCGCAUGUCUGCUUCAUAGAGGAAAUAGUUAAGGAUGGCCAGUCUGAUAUUUUGUACAAAUUUUGGACUGCAGUAACUCAGACACUUUCUUCUCAGUUUCAGUCAGCAACAGACUCCUCUAUGUUUUUGAAACAAGCCUUUGAAGGAGAAUACCCUAAAUUACUGAGGCUUUAUAAUGACUUGUGGAAGCGCCUGCAACAAUAUAGUCAAAAUAUUCAGAGGAAUUUUAACACAAGUGGAACUACUGAUCUUCUUGCUGAACUACAGCAAAUGGAAGAAGAUACACAGGACAUAUUCAUGCAAAAAACCCAAGACUACGAUCCAGAAAAGGCCUUGAAAGAUUCACUGCAACAGUAUGAAGCUGCUUACUUGUCAAAAUCCUUAUCUCGACUCUUUGACCCCAUCAAUCUUGUUUUCCCUCCUGGAGGUCGGAAUCCUCCUUCUUCUGACGAGCUUGACAGCAUUAUUAAAACUAUAGCCAGUGAGCUAAAUGUGGCUGCUGUUGAUCCAGACCUGAGUUUAGCUGUGGCAAAAAAUGUUGCAAAGACCAUUCAGCUCUACGGUGUAAAGUCUGAGCAGCUUCUGUCUACACAAGGAGAUGCCAGCCAGGUGAUUGGGCCGCUCACGGAGGGGCAGAGGAGGAACGUGGCUGUAGUUAAUUCACUAUACAAACUACACCAGUCGGUUCUGAAGGUUGUUACCAAUCAGAGCUCAUUUCCAGCAGCUGCUGAGCAAACAGUCACAACUGCCUUAAAGGCAGUCCAUGAUCUAAUGGGUAGUGCUGUUCAGCCGUUACUGAACUCUGUAGGAGAUUCAGUAGAAGCUAUUAUCAUCACUAUGCACCAGGAAGAUUUUUCUGGAUCAUUAUCCGGCUCAGGAAAACCAGACGUCCCUUGUUCUCUGUACAUGAAAGAACUACAGGGUUUUAUAGCGAGAGUCAUGAGUGACUACUUCAGACAUUUUGAGUGUUUUGACUUUGUCUUUGAUAACACUGAAGCCAUGGCUCAAAGAGCAAUUGAACUUUUCAUUCGCAAUGCCAGUCUAAUAAGGCCCCUCGGUGAAGGUGGGAAGAUGCGGCUUGCAGCGGAUUUUGCACAGAUGGAGUUAGCGGUGGCACCACUGUGUCGGCGAGUCUCUGACCUAGGAAAAUCUUACAGACAGCUGAGGUCAUUCAGACCGUUGCUGUUCCAGACCAGUGAGCAUAUUGCCAGUAGCCCAGCUUUGGGAGAGGUUAUUCCAUUCAGCAUCAUUCUUCAGUUUUUAUUUACAAGAGCACCACCGGAGUUAAAAUCACCCUUCCAGAGGGCUGAGUGGUCCGUUGCCCGCUACUCCCAGUGGCUCGAUGAUCAUCCAUCUGAAAAAGACAGGCUUGCUCUCAUACGUGGUGCCCUGGAGGCUUACGUUCAAUCGGUGCGAACGAGAGAGGGAAAGGAAUUUGCACCGGUCUAUCCCAUAAUGGUUCAGCUGCUGCAGAAAGCAAUCUCAACCCUUCAGUGAACCAAUGUGGGCAACUCUCUCCAAUCCUGGCACAGUACUGCAGUCAGGGGUCUUUGGUGCCACACAGAUACUGCAUUCCCAACUAUGUAAGCUUUACAAGGAAAUGUGUUUACCUACUUCAUCUGUGAAACUUCUGUCUUCUUGCUUUAUGUUUGCAUUAUAGGAACUUAUUUAUACACAAAUAUCGUAAGGAAAUUGUACAGUUUUUAUGUGCUGUAAGUCCACAUCUAAUGAAAACAUAAUUCUUUAGCAUUCCUUUUGAAUUCAGAAAAACUAGAACAUGCUUGAACACUGCAGUGGAAUUGAUGAGUAUCUCAAAUAAGGAAGUAGCUCUUUUUCUUGUAAGUAUGAACAGUUGGAUACAUUUUAGCCUUAUUCAGUACUUCUAAACGCCAGAAUCAUCAGUUUUCAUCUAAAAAUCACUAAUUUUAACACAAAGAAAAGUAUUUAUAAAUAACAGAAAUUACUCUCUUAUUGCACUACUCUUUGCUUGGAAAUAAUUUAUAUAGAUUUCAACUCUCUUUUGGCUUAAACUGUAAUAAAGAAUGUUGACUCUCCAA